CUGAAACUGCAUAGCUGAGGAGAACUGAGAGCAGGCCACUGUUUGAGUCAGUAUGAAUGUUCACUUCAGUCCCAGGCGGGAACCAGGACCUGACCUCUCCUGUCUGCAGCUGUACAACGAGUGGCUGGCAUGUAGGCAUAAGACCAGUCUGCUGCCCAUGAAAGAAGAUCUAGCUAUUUGGCUGAACAGAAUCCUUGGUUUGGAUAUAACAGCAGAUAAUUUAAUGGACAGCCUGGACACUGGGGUGGUCCUAUGUCAACUUGCUGAGGAGCUUCAAGAGAAGAUGAUUUUGGCUGAUAAUGGAAAGCCCUUUAUUCGGCAUGUGAUUCGCUGGCGGGCUGAUGCAACCGCUGGGUCGUUCUUUGCCCGGGACAAUGCAGCUAACUUUCUAUACUGGUGCUGUAAAAUUGGGAUGGCGCAGUCACAUCUCUUUGAAUCAGAAGAUCUAGUUCUUCAGAAGCAUCCCAGGGAUGUGUGCUUGUGUCUUAUGCAACUUGGAAGAAUUGCUUCAAGGUAUGGAGUUGAGCCUCCGGCACUGGUCAAGCUUGAGAGAGAAAUUGAGAAAGAUGAGUCUUUGUCACCUUCCAUGUUUUUUGACUCACCUUUCCCCUCUCCAUCAAAUCCACCUCUCUUUCUCCCUCCUGAUCCAGACCAACUUCCAAUCUUCACACCAUCUCCUCUCCCCACAUCUAUUUCUUCUGCCACCCCAUCUGCCUCGCCAACUCCUUCGCCUCCUCUAGACCCCUAUCCUUCUCCUCCUCUGGUCCCUACUCCUCCCCCAGAGUUAAUUUCCCUGUCUUCCAACUUCUCUGACUCAAACACCAAGUCAGAACCUCAGACCGCUUUACCCACCAUACCAUCACCCAUCAGCACACCUGUAAAAUCCCCACCAUCCACACCCACAAACUGCAUCACGAAGACCAAUGGGAAAAAGAGCACUGGUUGCCUGCUGGAUCAAAUUGUGAGGCAGAUAUCAGAGGACCCACCAUGCAAAUGUCCAGUCAAAUUCUGCAUUGAGAAGCAGCCUAAAGGCCAUUAUCGUGUUGGAGACAAAGUCCUCUAUGUCAGGAUGUUAAAUGAUAAACAUGCCAUGGUGCGAGUUGGUGGUGGAUGGGAGACCUUUGGUACGUACUUGCUAAAGCAUGACCCAUGCAGAAUGACUGUGAUCACAAGGCCUGGAACCAAAACCUGCAAGUCUAACGGCAAGUCCCCGGUCAAGAGAGAGCAGUCACGGGACAGUUAUCUGGUCGUUGGUACUCACUCCCACUUUAAGAAGUAAAUCUAUACGUUCUGGUUGGCAAGAGUGACUCACUAACUCUGUCUCUGUUAAAUCAAGAGUAGACUGAAUACAGACUUUUUUCUGUGGGAGGGAAGCAGCCCAGGUGUCUUUUUAAGCUUUUAAUUCAUCUUUCCUUUAAUGUUUUUUUUUUUUUUUUUUUUUUUGUAGAGGAAAAGGAAUGUUGAUGUAUGUUCAGCAGAUUGUUCUUAAGGAGUAUGAAUAUUUUAAUAAACAUCUCUCCUUUUAUUUACAAAUAUUAAGAAUAUCUCCAUCUCUCUCUUCUGAUGUGAAAUUAUUAAAAAACAUGAAGGGCAGGAUCUCAAAUAUCAAAUACUUUUUUGGGAAGAUUGAUUUCUUUUUACCUCUUGUUAUUUUAUUGAAACAUUUAAUGUUUAUGGAGGCCAUGUGCUGACUGUUUGAAUUUACAGAGACAAAAAUCUCAUGUCUUUGAGGAUCUAUUCUACUGUAAAUGGAGUUUGACAAUGUUCCACAAUCAUCCUCUAGGUGGCACUCUGUAUCAAAUUAUGAACUGUAUUUAGAACUAUGCAUGAAACUACUGCAAUACAAUUGCUCUGUGUAGAAGACUGUCUAGAGGGCUGAGGACAUUAUAUAAACUGGGUAGAUUACUUCUGAAUUGUAAUCUGGUACUGAUUACAAUUGUAUGAGUAUAAUUUUAGUCAGUAAAGUAAUCUUUUGGAUCACAGUUGUAGGUAAUCUAAUUUGAUUGCUUUUGAAUUACUUCUGACCUAUUUUUUUUAUUUGAUGUCACAUGCAUUUGAGUAGGAUGGUACCAUUUAGACAUAAUGCUUAAAUGCAUUAAAGAAAACAUAUGAUAUUGUGUGUGUGUGUGUGUGUGUGUGUGUUUUACUCGCUAUUUAUCUGGCACUUAAAAUGUUCUUACUCAUGAAACUUUGGCAUUACAAACACAAUCCAUUUGUGGUAACGGAUCAGACCAGUUAUAUUUGUGAAUCAACGUCACCAAAAAAAUGGUGGCAAAAAGCUUUAAGAUUUAAUGUACAUUUAUGAGCUGUAGGCUGAUUUACAAUUAAAAAUAAAAAUAUUUAAAAAGUUUACUGCAUUUUCCUGAUUAAUUUGUAAUCAUGUAAUACAUAAAAACUAACUGUAAUCUAAUUACCAGUAUUUUAAAAUGUAUUUGUAUCUAAUUACAAGUAUUUGAUUUUUGAAAUCUGAUUAUGUAAUUCAAAUUACAUGCACUCUUUUAUUUCCAACUGCCAGUUUCUCAGUUUUUGUAAACACAGGAUUAGUAAAGACACCAGUAAAUCAUUUCUUUAUGGACCACACUUUGUGUACAAGAGCAUUGUCAUGCUGGAACAGAAAAGGGCCUUACCUAAACCAUUGCCACAAGUUGAAAUCUCACAAUUCUAUACAAUGUCACUGUUUGUUGUAGCAUUAAGAUUAGUCUUCACUAGAAUAAUUGCAAUAACCAAACCUGUUUACUGUUGAAGGGGCUGUCCACAUACUUUUGGCCAAAUGGUGUAGAUGGCAUGUACUUAGCUCACAUAGCAAGCCAAAUUCAAGCCUGGUGGCCCUCUUCAAAAUAUUUUGAUCUUAUUAGUUUUAUGUUCAAUGACCUCUGAGAGAAACUUUUUGUAGCUGUGCAUUAUCAAAGCUAUUAAAUCUAACCAUCACAUUCCAAAAAUAUAUUUUACCUUAGCUAAAAUAUUUAAAAAAAUCUUAAAUUAAUAUGACGUCAUCAUGAAAUGCUACUAACAUUUUAUUUCUUAAAAUAAAAGUCAUUGUAAAAAAUGGACACAAAUCUAAAUACACUACAAAAAUGAAUCAAUAUGUCAGCAUGCGAGAAAAUGACGUUUUUCUUUUUUUCCCAACUCCAAUUAUGAGACGAUCCAGUAAAAACAGCUCAUACCCAGAACAUAAAUUAAAAGUGCUGCUACUUCAACUGCCAAAUAAAAUGGCAGCUUUUAUAAAAUGUCUCUUAUAUCCAAUUCUGUCAAUACUUAAUUAGAGAUCACACUCCACACAACACUUCCCUAUGUACCUGAAGGGUUUAUUUUUAUUAUUAGUUUGGCUCUGCUCUCCUUAUGUCAAUGACUGAAAUGAUUACACUUGGCCACAUUGCUCAGAAGCAACAUACAGACACAAAAUGUUUGUGCCAAUCAGCUAAACAGUCAUUUAUUCUGUUAUUCCAUUGAAGCGCCACAGUAUAUUACUCAGUUUACCCUCAGAUGACACCAAAUGUAAAUCACACAUUCAUUCCUCCAAAAAUGCAUACAGUAUUUGCAGUCUUAAAUGUCUCACCAUAACUAUUGCAUCUACCCCUUGCCCACCUUGAACAUCAACAUCAAUACAUUGUGCUCAGAAACUGGUCUGACUUCUGUGGAGAUCUGAGACUAUAAAUGUACAUUUGAUCAGGACAUGUGAAGCAUCGUUAAAUGAUUUACAGUAACUGUGCUUUUCUCAGUAGCAUCCUCAAUAAAUAAUAUCCAUUGGUGAGAGCAGAAUAAAUAUGAAUUAUUUAUAAAAAUGGGUAGAGACACACUCACUUUUAGAAAAGACAUUACUAGAUAAUUAUUAGAUUUAAGCCUCCAAUCCAGUUAGGGUUGUUUAAAAUAUUGUUUGGUUGUUUCAUGAUUUGUACAAACAUUACGUGAUGUAAACAUUAUAGCUUAUCAUGUGCCAUAUUUUAACCACCCCCCAAAAAACACGAUCCAACCAGGUGGCUCAAAACACCUGGGAUCCAUCCUCUAGGAUCCACCUACUCUAGUCAUUAAUUAUUCUGGUCCAAAAACUAACUUGUGUAAAUUGUGUACAUUACACGCUUUCUGACUUUGGAACUUAUUUCACUCUUUGUAAUUUAAUAUAACACUGAAGUCCCUUAGUAGCCUUUAAUAAUGCGCGCAACCAGAACUUUCAGUUUAUCUUGGAUAUCCAAAGUUUUCCUGACCAACCACUGGGCAGCACCAUGAUGAUUCUCAUUACUGGACUGUUUUCUGGUUCCGUUCUCCAUAAUAAGCAAUGGAAUAACUACCAAAACAAGCGAUCAAGAUUGAAAACAAUAACCAUUUUAAGUGUUAGUUGGAGUAAACAUGAGUUCAGACUCAACUUGUGCAGUUGUUGUCUGUCAUAACAAUUCAAAGUAGUUAAUGAUAUUAAAGGGAUAGUUUACCCAAAAAUGAAAAUUCUCUUAUCAUUAACUCAUCCUCAUGCCAUCUCAGAUGUGUAUGACUUUCUUUCUUCUGCUGAACACAAACAAAGUUUUUUAGAAGAAUAUCUCAGCUCUGUAGGUCCAUACAAUGCAAGUGAAUGGUGGCCAGAACUUUGAAGGUCCAAAAAACAUUUAAAGGCAGCAUAAAAGUCAACAAUACGACUCCAGUGGUUAAAUCCAUAUCUUCAGAGGAGAUAUGAUAGGUGUGGGUGAGAAACAAAUCAAUAUUUAAUUCCUUUUUUACUAUAAAUUUUCCUUCCGGCCCAGUAGGUGGCAGGGAAGAAUGUGAAAGUGAAAGUGGACAUUUAUAGUAAAAAGGACUUAAAUAUUGAUCUGUUUCUCACCCACACCUAUCAUAU